AUGGAGAGUCCUCAUCCGCGGUACGGUCAUAUGGACGAGGAAACCUUCACCGACGGUGUGGCCUCGAUAGCACAUUCAAAACUGCGAAUGGUGUUAGCUGAUCUUGGCCGAAAAAUUCGAAAUGCGAUCGGCAAGCUUGGUCAGGCGACGAUCAUCAAUGAGGAGGAGCUUGACGCCAUGCUCAAAGAGGUACAGUUAAAAUUUUCAGUCGAUAGAAUGGACUAUACAUGA